AUGAAAAAUAAAAAGAUUACAUAUACUUUAGAAUCAAACAAAAAACCAGCUGAUAAUACGGAUAAACCAAAAAGUGAUGAUGAAGAUGAUGCUACUAUGCUACAACAAUUAAUGAGUCAAUUUUCGGGUUUAUUUGGUUCGCUAAAAUCAUCUGAUGAGCCGGCAGCUAAAGAUCCUGUUUUAACAGCAUUUGAUUUGAAAACCGCAGCUGAAUAUAUGAGUAAAUGUUCAAAUAUUGUUGUAAUGGCUGGCGCUGGUAUAUCAACAAGUGCUGGUAUACCUGAUUUUCGUUCACCAGAAACUGGACUUUAUUCUCAAUUAGAAAAAUAUAAUUUACCAUUUCCAGAAGCCGUUUUUCAUUUGGAUUUCUUUCGAACAAAUCCUAAACCAUUCUUUUUACUUGCUAAAGAACUUUAUCCACAAAAAUUUACUCCAACACCAACGCAUUAUUUCCUUCGAUUAUUAGAUGAAAAAAAUAAAUUAUUAAGAAUAUUUACACAAAAUAUUGAUUCAUUGGAACGUGUUGCUGGUGUACCGACAGACAAAAUUGUUGAAGCACAUGGAACAUUCUUUACAUCACAUUGUUUAAAUUGUCGAAAAGAAUAUGAUUUAGAAUUUGUUAAAGAAAUUAUAUUUAAAGAUGAAAUUCCACGUUGUAAAGAAUGCGAUGGAAUUAUUAAGCCAGAUAUUGUCUUUUUUGGAGAAGGCCUUCCUCGACGAUUUCAUGAAUGUAUAAAUAGCGAUUUUGAUAAAGCUGAUUUUUUGAUUAUUAUUGGUACAUCAUUACAAGUUGCACCAUUUAAUCGUCUUCAAACAUUUGUUGAUAAAGAUUGUCCACGUCUUCUUAUUAAUAGAGAACCUGUUGGUAAAUCAAAAUCACCAAUGGAUGCAAUAAAUGCAUCUGGUUCAUUAUUAUAUGGCACGAAAGCAAAUCGUCGUGAUGUAUUUCAUCAAAGUACAUGUGAUGAAGGUGUUACUGAACUAGUAAAAUUACUUGGUUGGGAGGACGAUUUUAAUAAAUUACUCGAGUCCGAAGGUACAUCGUUAGAAAAAGCUAAAGAACAUCUAUCAACUGCACCGAAUGAAACAGGAGAAAAUGCAGAUCGCUUAGCUGAACAAAUUGCUAAAGCAGCAUUAAAUGAUGAUGAAACAAAAAAAGAAUAA